GAAGCGUUGGAGCUGCCUUCCGACUUUACCCGCGAGGAGCGGAGUGAGUACGAGUUGGACAGGCUGGCUGAUUGUGAAUUGCAGAUCCGCGUAGGAAUGGCGUUCGAUCAGCUAGAUGCAGUGCGCCUGGCAGUGCAGCACAGGGCGGCACAUCUGGACCACAAGGCCAAAGCGGUGAAGGGAGCGAAAGCGAAUGCGGCAGCCCAGGUGGAGAUAAAGAGGGCGGAUCAGCGCGCACGGGUUCUAUCUACCAGGUAUAAUGCAAACUACGACAAAAUCCAACUCCUGCGCGCUUCCACCGCCAAUCCGCUGGUCGAAGACGUCUCACGACGGACAAAGGAUGACGACCUCCGGAUAUCGAGCAUAGCGACGCCAAGAACGUUGGGGGACAAGAGCUUGACCGCGUCAUGGAUCUGGGCUCGCGUUGACCGUGGACUGCACAUAGUCGACAUAGUGCAAUGGUUUCGAGCCAAGGCAGCAAAGGACCGUGCAGACGAGGCGGUAAACAAGCUAUGUGCUGAGUUCCGACGUACGUGCAUGGGGUACGGGGCGUACGCGGAGCUAUGGCGUACAGCAGCCACACGUUGCGAAGGAGGAGAGCGUGCAUAUGCGUACAAGACCGCUGCCAUGUGGGAACGCAUGAAGAAGGCGUGUGGGGUGGAAUACGAUGCGGCGCGGAAGGAAGGUGUAGCGGGGGAAUUGCUAGAUCACACAAGGGUUAGUCUUGCGUCGCAGCGUUUUUCC